GGCCAAUGAAUCUCUCAGCUGCCCAAAAUGUAAGCUUUGGAAGUGGGUGAGGGUUAUAGAAACUUUGGGUUUAUCAAAACCCAAAACAAUCUAACCAGCCUAAAACUAGGCCCAAACAAAAUUUCAAGUCGAAACGGAAGCAGUAGAGAUCGCCACGUGGAGCAUACAAAAUCCUCCAACUGUGUUCGUGGCUGAUAUUGUUGCCGACCCCGCAAUGAACAUAUCCAAAAUCCGCCGUUGCCAGGUCUCGUUUCUUGGAGCUUAUCUUUAAUAUCCUUAGAAUUCUGAUUUCCCAAAAUAAGAAAAAAAUGUUAAUAGCUCCUUCGCUCUCUCGUCUUCACUCUCCAUUUCUCUGCUGUCCACUCAAGCUCUCCACUCCAUCAUUGCCCUUCAAAUGUGGAAGAACCCAACGGUCGCCAGCGUGUUAUCCAUGCAUCAGAGCCGUUGAUCUUGAUCAGAACACAAUAGUAGCAGUGUCGGUUGGGCUUGUCAGCAUAGCGGUUGGGAUUGGCAUUCCAGUCUUCUACGAGUCCCAAAUCGAUAAUGCUGCAAAUCGAGAAAAUACCCAACCCUGCUUCCCUUGCAAUGGCACCGGUGCCCAGAGGUGUAGAUUUUGCAUGGGAAAUGGGACGAUAGGUGUAGAGCUUGGUGGGGAUGAGAAAGAAGUUUCGAAAUGCAUUAACUGUGAAGGCGUUGGUUCUUUAACAUGCACUACUUGCCAAGGUAGUGGGAUUCAACCUCGGUAUCUCGAUCGCAGGGAAUUUAAAGAUGAUGACUGAAGUCCUACAAGACAGAAGGGCAAUGAUUUUGGACUUGAUUCGCUUGGUGAUCAACAUAAAUUGGAUAAAUUCCGGAAAAAGAACCUUAUAUUGUAAAAUCCUUUUCUAUUUAUCGUACAUUUUUUUUCUCAUUCUAUUUUAUUACAUUUUCAACUUUUUGAUGUACUUAAAUAGUGGAACAACUUGCUAGUUUUGGACGAGGGAUAAUUGUUUUCACAGUGAGGGGAUUGUUGACCAAAGAAUUAUGAUUGGUGAGUGUCUCAAUCAAUGUUGUUCGUGGUAUUGGAUGAUUAAAGAAACAAUGUGCCGAGUG